AGCACCCUGACCCAGGAGAACCACAACCACACACACCGCAUCCAGGAGCUGUCGUCGCUGCACAGCGGUGUGUGUGAGGACCUGCGCGUGGCUCGUGCCGAGCUGUGCCGAGCGACGGAGGAGCAGAGGAGUGCGGAGCGAGAGAGGGAUGACCUGCAGAAGGAGAGAGAGAGGAUGGAGGGAGCGAUACGCAGCCUGGAGGAGGAGAGAGAGAGACUGCAGCAGGACAGAGAGGAGCUCAGGUGUGUGAGUGAGUCCCUGCAGCAGCAGCUGAACUCCGCCCAGAACCAGAGCUCAGAGCUGCAGGUGCAGACCAGCCAGCUACAGGUGCAGCUGCACACACUCCUGCAGACCAAAGACACACUAAAGGGGGAGAUCCAGUGCCUCCGUGAGGAGCUGGCGCAAGAGAGGCAGCAGCGGGACGAGGAGAGGAAGGAGGAGCAGGAGGAGCGCGAGAGGAGGCGCAGGGACGGCGAGAGCCAGCAGGGGGAGCUAGAGAGGCUGGAGCGGGAGCUGGCCCAGUCGGAGGAGCGGCGCCAGCGAGAGCAGGAGGAGAGGAGGAGCGCGGCGGAGGAGUGGCAGGAGGAGAGGGAGGCGCUGAACGCCGAGCUGGGCGCCCGCGACGGGGAGGUGGAGGCCCUGCGCAAGCGCACGCAGGGGCUGGAGAAGGAGAAGGAGGAGAUCGCCGCCCUGCUGGAGGAGACCGGGAGCGAGCUGGAGCGCGCGCAGAGCCGCCUGGGCGCCGAGCAGCGCGGCCUCGAGCAGCGGGAGAAGGAAGCGAGGGAUGAGGCGGAGAAGUGGAGGAGGAAAGCGAAGGCGGCGCAGAAGAGGCAGGAGGAGCUGGGCCAGCGUCUGGAGAAGGAGAGCAAGGCGCUGAAGACGACCGAGAAGGAGAGAGACGCCGCCAACGACCUGGUGGUGGAGGCGAAGAGCCGGGCGGAGGUGCUGGAAGCGGAGCUGGAGAGGAUGGAGGAGGAGGUGAGGAAGAAGGAGGUGCUGGAGGGCCAGCUGGUGGUGCUAGAGGAGCAGAACCAGCAGAUGAAGGAGAAGGAGUGCACGAGGAGGGCCGAGGAGGAGCGACGGCAGCGGAGGAGGGAGUCGGAGGAGCGGCAGAAGGAGGAGAGGCUGAGGGGAGAGCUGGGCCUGAAGGAGGGCGAGAUGGAGGCGUUACGGAGCGACGUGGAGGCGCUGCGGAGGGAGAAAGAGGAGGUGUCGGCGCGCCUGGCCGAGCAGGAGUCGGAGCUGGAGAGGACCCGGGUGAAGACGGCGGCCGAGCAGAGGAGCUCGGAGCAGCGGGCGAGAGAAGCGAGGGAGGAGGCGGAGAAGUGGAAGAAACGGGCGGCGGGGGCGGAGAAACAGCGGGAGGAGGUGACGGCGCGUCUGGAGCGAGAGAGCGAGGAGGCCCUGCGGGCGACGGGGAGGGAGAGGGACCGCAUGACGGAGGCGCUGCGGAAGAAGGAGAUCGAGUUGCGGGAGCGCGAGGAGGACGUGGAGGAGCUGCGGCGCCGAACGCUCCUGCUGGAGGCCGACCUCGAGCGUCUGGAGGAGGACCUGCGGAACAAGGAGGUGUCCGAGGGCCAGCUCCUCGUCCUGGAGGAGCAGAACGCCCAGCUGCGAGAGAGGGAGCGGGAGAAGCGCCAGGAGGAGGAGGAGAGGGAGAAGGAGGAGCGAGAGAAGGAGAGGAAGACGAGAGGAGAGCUGCGGAGGAGAGAGGGGGAGGUGGAGGCGCUCCGCUCGCAGAUGGAGGGACUGAAGAAAGAGGGGGAGGACAGAGAGGCGGAGGUGGAGAGGCUCCACUCGCAGAUGGAGGGACUGAAGAAAGAGAGGGAGGACAGAGAGGCGGAGGUGGAGAGGCUUCAGGCCAGCCUCAGCGCCGAACAGAAGGUUCUAGAAGCUCAAGGAAAGGAGGCGCGAGACGAGGCGGAGAGAUGGAAGGAGAGAGCGGCGCGGGCGGAGAGAGAGAGGGAUGAGGCGGAGGAGAAGAGGAAGAGACGGGAGACGGAGGAGAGGAAGAAAGAAAGGACGACCAGAGGAGAGCUGGAGCAGAAGGAGGAGGAGCUGAAACGUCUCCAGUCGAAGAUGGAGAGAACAGAGAAGGAGAGGGAGAGAGAGAGGGAGGAGGAGCGGAGGAGAGAAGAGGAGCAGGAGGAGGCCUUGAGGAGUCAACGGGAGCUGCUCAGAGAGAGUGAGGAGGAGGUGCAGAACUUGAGAGAGACUCUUCGGCGCGAGGAAGAGGAGGGCAGGUCCAGGCAGAAGAGGAGUGAAGAGGAGGUGCAGAACCUGAGGGAGACUCUUCGUCACGAGGAAGAGGAGGGCAGGUCCAGGCAGAAGAGGAGCGAGGAGGAAGUGCAGAACCUUAGAGAGACUCUUCAUCACGAGGAAGAGGAGGGCAGGUCCAGGCAGAAGAGGAGCGAGGAGGAGGUGCAGAACCUUAGAGAGACUCUUCGUCACGAGGAAGAGGAGGGCAGGUCCAGGCAGAAGAGGAGCGAGGAGGAGGUGCAGAACCUUAGAGAGACUCUUCGUCGUGAGGAAGAGGAGGGCAGGUCCAGGCAGAAGAGGAGCGAGGAGGAGGCGGAGCGGCUGAAGGAGAGACUGCAGGAGUUGGAACGUGCCGAGAGAGAACUCGCCCUGAAACUCCAGGAGGCGGAGCUGGACCUGGAGCGCCACUCGGAUAGGCUGAGGGAGACGGAGGAGGAGCUUAAAGACAGGAAGCAGGAAGUGCUCCUGGCUCAGAGUCAGGUGGAAGUGGAGAGAGCGAGAGCGAGCGAAGCAGAGGAGAGGAGAGACGAGCUGGAGGAGGAGACUCAGACGCUGCAGCAACGGGCCGAAGAGCUGACCCGAGAGGUAGAGCGGUCGUCACAGCAACUAACAGAGAAAGAGGAGGAGCUUAGAGACCUCACCAACCAAUUAGAAGAAGCCUCACAAGAGACCGACCAAUUGAAAGAGACACUGAGCUCGAAAGAGGAAGAGAUGGAGAGACUGUCUUCCCAGCUGAAGGAGGAGAAAAUGGAGGCAGAGAGGAGGAGAGCUCAGCUGCAGGAGCUGGAGAGGGGACAGCGCACCCUGGUGGAGGAGCGAGGGACGCGCGCCGCCCGGCUGGGCAGGGAGGUGAAGGAGCUGACGGAGGAGAGAGACCACCUGUCGGCCGAUAUCCGGAGGAGAGAGAGGGAGGCGAGCGCCUUGAGAGAGGAGGUGCAGAAGGAGAGGAGAGAGAAGGAGAAGCUGUCCUCGUCGCUGAGAAAGCGAGAGGAGGAGCUGAAGGAGGUGAAGGAGAAGAGAGAGGGCGACGCGAGGGAGGUGCGGGAGUCGAGGGAGAUGGAGAUGGAGAUCACCCUGCUGAGAGAGGAGACGCAGCGGGACAGGAGGGAGAAGGAGAGACUCGCCUCCUCCCUGAGGAAGCGAGAAGAGGAGCUGAGCGAGGCCAAGGAGGCCAGGGAGAGGAUCGAGGAGGAGCUGCGCGAGAAGGAGCGUAAGGAGCGGCGCGAGCGCGACAAGCUGGCCUCCUCGCUCCUGCGGCGGGACGAGGAGCUCCGGGAGGCGCGGGAGAUGAGGGAGGCGGCCGAGGCCGAGGCCAUCGCGCUCAAGCAGGAGGUGUCCAGCCUGGCGCGGGCGAAGGAGCGCGCCGGAAGGGAGGCGCGGGAGCGGGAGGCGGAGAGCCAGAAGAUGCGCCAGGGGCUCCAGCAGGGCCUCAAGGAGAUGGCCGAGCUCAAGCACCUCCUGCAGGAGAGCCACGGCGAGGGGGAGCAGCUCCGAACGCUCCUCAUCCAGCGAAAGGAGGAGCUGACCCGGGGCCGGGAGGACGGGGCGCGGGAGGAGCGCAGGAGGUACCAGGAGCUCCAGAGGGAGCUGUGCCAGAGGGAGAGCCAGCUGAGGGUUGCCCAGGAGGAGGUGCGGCGACUCAGGGAGAGGGAGGCCGAGGCGGAGGGGGAGGCGAGGAGAACCAGGGUGCAGCAGGAGGUGCUGGAGGAGAGAGUGAAGCAGCUGCUCCUCAGGGAGCCGCAGCUCAGAGACGCUCAGGAGGAGGCGAGCCGACUCAGGGAGAGACUUCAGGCCAUGGAGGAGGAGGUGGACGCCGAGGUGAGGAGGAGCAAAGCCAAGGAGGAGGUGCUGCUGGAGGAGCGAGACCAACAGAGGGGCCUCGGGGAGAAAGAGCUGAGGGCAGCCCAGGAGGAGGUGCGGCGGCUCAGGGAGCGGGAGGAGGAGGCGCAGGGGGAGGUGAGGAGAACCAGGGCCCUGGUGGAGACGCUGGAGGAGCAGAGGAGAGAGCUGAGUAGCGCAGCCGCAGAGAGGAGCAGGGAGGUGGAAGAGGCGAGUGAACGCGUGAAGGAGGUGGAGGAGAGGAUGGAGAGAGAGAGGGAGGAGCGGAGAGCUGAGGUGAAGAGGUGGGAGGAGAAGAUCGAGACGCUCCGACGAGAAGGGGAGGACGAAGAGAGGAGGAGGAGAGAGGAGAGGGAACUGACCGUGGCCAGGCUGACGGAGAAGGAGCGAGAGAUCGUCCGGGUGAGAGAGAGAGCGGAGGAGGUGGAGAGGAGGAGAGAAAGACUAGAAGAGACGGCGAACGAGUGCAGCCAGCGGGCGGAGGUGGCGUCACGUACCCUCCGGGAGCGAGAGAGGGAGCUGGAGGGAGCGAGGGAAUCUGUCCAGCGAGCAGAGAAGGAGAAACAGACGCUACAGGAGGAGGUGGAGGAGGGAAAGAGGGAUGCAGAGAGGCUGAGAGGAGAGGUGGAGCGGCUGGAGAGAGAGAAGAGCGGCGAGGAGCAACAGCUAGAGGGCGCCAGACUGCACCUCGGUCAGCUGGAGAGAAUGAACCAGGCGCUCCGGGAGAAGAUGAAGGAGGAAGAGGACGAUAGGAGGAAGAGGAAGACGAAGAGAGCGUCGGACGAAACCGACCGAGGCGGCGGCGCGACGAACAGGUCCCGUGAGACGACGGAGAGAGAGAAAGAACGAGAGAGACUCCGUGAGGAGCUGGCGCGAACGGAGGACGAGAUUCGCCUGUGGAAGACGCGCGCCGAGACCUUGGAGCUGGAGGUGAGGCAGCUGAAGAGAGAGAGAGAGAAAGACACAGAGAACGAGAAAGAUGGAGGAAGAGAGAAAGAGAAAGAGGAGGAGAAAGAGGAGGGCGGCGUUGGCGGAGAUCGCGAGCGGCUGACGGAGCGCUUGUCCUCGCUCCUGCUGGAGCGCGAGGAGGCCAGGGAGGCGCUGAGGAGGCGCGAGACGGAGGUGUACGAGCUCACGGAGAGGAGCGACGAGCUGGCCAGGGACCGCCAGCGAAUCAGGGCCGCCCUGGAGAAGACAGAAGCCGCUCUGAUUGACUAUCAGGAGAGGGUGCGGCAGAUGGAGGCCAAUGAGAGAGGAGCAAGGGCGGAGCCUGUCCAUCAUGACCGUGACUUUGCAGUGGCGUCGGAGGGCAGAGCUGUGGACACGGGCGUGGGCGUGGGGGGGUCCGGUGGUGAUGUGGGGGGGUCAGAGGUCACCGGUGGCGGCGGGCGUCUGGGGGCGAUGCAGCGGGCGGUGGCCCAGCUGGAGGUGGAGCAGCGGAGACUGCAGGGCAGGAACACACACCUGGAGCAGCGCGUGCAGCGACUACGCACCGAGAGGCAGACCCUCAGGGACACACUCCGACAGGUCCACCACCUGCGUCUAGUGCUGGCCGUGGACCAACAGGAAAGGUCAAAGUUCAUCGAGCGCUCUCAGAAGAAUAACCAGAGACUGGAGGCGCUGCGACAGGACCUCAACCAAUCACUGGCUGCCGUUUCCCAGCAGCCCGUCCCGUCCGUGUUUGAGUCUGAGACACAUCGAUUGGACAGGAGUAUUAGGGAGGAGGAGCUGUGGAUGUCUCUCAGCCAAUCCUGA